AUGGAGGCUGCCGUAUCGUCUCCGUCAUCAUCGAAUACAUCCGCAGCAGCAGUUGUUGCAAAGCGGUUGACAAGACAGAAGAAACAGAGGCCCGUUCUCGCUUCAUCCGAGGAUGAAUUUAUAGGCCCAGACAUUGUGGCGGUUAACACACCCGCUGCAAUCACAGAUGAGGCUGUUCGUCGCAUGGAGGUUUUUGUAUUGCAGACGAUUCACGAGAUUGUAACCACGACGCAGCGGUCGACAAUUCGAGAAAGUCGGCUACGUGUGAUACGACUGCAGCUUUUGGUCCUCCGCCUUCUGUACCAAAAUAUUCACUGCGGAAUUAUUAGCACGCAACGUGAUGUUUAUUACCGCCUUGCCCGUCUUGUUCCUGACCAGGGUUGCAUUAACCGUGUCAUCCAGCAGCUUGUGCAGAUAAUUGGCAUCCCGCGGCAGUGGCUCGGUGUCGUUCCCGGAACACGUGGCUGUGUUGGCGGGUCAAUAAGUUUUCACGGCGUUGAUUUGCGCUGCUACGGAUCGGAGGGAUUACCGCUGCCGACGACACAAGAAGAGCUGCGCGUCGUUCAGGGCGAUGUGGACCGCACAGCUGCGUCCAAUAAGGACAACGUCCCCUUUAUUGGCUUUGAAAUCCAUGGAAAGACGCGGUACAUCGUUGUUGUGGAGAAGCAUGCCGUGUUUUUUAGACUGAUGGAGGAGCGAAUUUUCGAGCGGCUUCCAUGUGUAUUGCUCACGUCUCACGGUUUUCCUACGGUUGCAGCGCGAACUCUCUUGUCCAAUUUGCAUCGAGCCGCACAAAGUGCUCCGCUUGUGGCGCUUGUGGACUACAACCCAAGUGGACUCUCUAUUUUGCAGCAAUACAAAUAUGGCGCGGGUGGUAUGCGUGAGAGCCAAUAUGCCGCAGUUCAUGCUCUUCACUGGCUUGGCUUGCGAACUCAUCACAUUGCGGAAGGACGUGAACCGAAUUUUCUUGACUCAGACAAUAGUGUGGCUUCGGAGCCUUUUCAACUUCGUCUUUUGCCUCGUCUUCCCUUUCAGCGCUUCAGUCAACGCGAUGUCGUAAUGAUGGCAAAUCUCUUGUCUCGAUGGCAUGGCAUAAGGGAGGGUUGUGAAUGGAAGGACAAUGAUGCCGAUAAUGCUUGGUAUGAGGAGGCUUUAAAAAUGCAACAUUUGCGGGUGAAGGUUGAAUUGGAGGUUUUAUAUCAGCACGGCACAGAUGAAUUGAAGCAGUCAGCAUCUUCUUCGCUGGAGCCUUCAGAUGGAAAUGGUUUCGCUGCCUGGGUGUGUCGAGCCAUCCUUCGCCAUGACUAUAUUUAA